UGAAUUGGAUGGGAAGUUCGUUACUCGCUCCUCCUUGUCGCUUGAGCUUGUAAACAAUUGAAGCCUCUUUGGUUUCUAAGGGGUAAAAUAACGGUCCCCUUUUAUGCUUUCUUAUUUUGUCUCACGCAUUUUGUUGCAAACAUUCAUAAACACUUGCUAACCAGGUUGUUUGCGAAGAGAGGUGACCAUUGCAACAGUAUUUACAAGUUUCAUCAGGAUGUCGGGACGUAAAGAGGAGUCCCUGUCUCCAGAUGAGAUGAGGAAGAAGCUUUAUCAGACAUUCAAAAAGCGAGGAGUUCUCGACACUUUGAAGACCCAGCUUCGAAACCAGCUCAUUCAGGAGUUAAAACACCCAGAGAGAGAGAGCCUGUCCAAAUCAGUCCCUGUAAAAACAGCUUCUGUCAUAGAGAUCGCCUCCAACAGCUUGGUGAUUGAACAUUUAAGGAGCUCCGGCUAUGAAUAUACCCUGUCUGUAUUUUAUCCUGAAUCUGGCAUGAGCACAGAAAAGUGUUUUUCAACCAGAGACAUUCUUCAACUCGUGAAAAUCAGUCCGCGCUCAUCUCUGUAUAAGUCCUUGACAUCAGACAUUCAGAGAGAGAGUCAGAAAGGCUUUUUGAUGAACCUUCUGACUGAGUUAAUUGAUCACCAUAUGCACAGGGAUUUCAGUGAUGCCAACACACAAACCACGGACUCUGAAGCAUUUAGAGAAUCUCUUGUGGAAAAGAUGCAGAUGAUUGAUGAAGAGUAUGAAGUCCUCCGUUCCCAAGGUAACAGGUGGCACACAUUUGAGGCUAGACUUGCCGAAUAUAGAAAAGAGAUUGAGGAACAAGCACAGGCUGAGAUCAAUACGAAGCUUCAACACUACAAGGAUGCGGAAAUAGUCAAAGUGAAGAUGGAAGAGAAGGAAAAGGCACAGAAAGAGAUUUCGGAUUUCAGGAGAGAUAUUGAGAGAACUUACGAGAUGAAAUCCGAGGGCCUGAUUCAUAGAGAGAAGAAUGCCAUAGAGAGACUGCAGAAGCAACAACAGAUCGAAGAAAAGGACAUCUACAUGCAGAGGCAGGCUGUGCUGAAGGAGAUUGAAGUGGUGCGGAACAGAGAAGCUGAGUUAAGGCAAAGAACUGAAGCGUUUGAAAAAACUUGUAAGCUACAGGAGGAGAAGACUAAAGUCACUGAAGACCUGCUGAAGAGAAGAGAACUGGCCGUAAAAACCAUGGAGGACACCUAUGACCAAAAGUUGCAGAAUGAACUUGCCAGAUACCAACAGGAACUGAAGACAGACUAUGUUAAAAGGACUGAGCAGCUGUCUUCAAAUGAGAAAAGAAAUAAAGAGGAGACUGCACACAUUCAGAAGGAGGCGUCUGUGGUUAAAGCUAAAUUACAAGAGCACAGCCAAGCUCUCUCCGAGGUGAAACGACUACAGAUGGAGUUCGACACAGCACGGUCCCAGAACUCUCUGCUGAGCCAACAGAACGAGCUCCUGAGGGAGAGGCUGGAGAGCAUGAGUGACUACACCGCCCAGAGGAGGGAGAGGGUGGAGCUCCAGGCCGAGGUGCGACUGCUGAAGCAGCAGGUGGAGGAGGCGCAGGAGGACAACCAACACCUCCGCCAAGCUCUCAGCCAGCCGCCGGCGGAGCAGCUGGCCCUGCAGACGGAGCUGAAGAGGCUGGAGGUGGCCCAGAGGCGGGCGGAGGAGGAGCACGAGAGCCAGAGGCAGGUGCUGCACACUCAGCUGCAGCGGGAGGUGGAGCGCGUGGCCCAGCUGAAGAGCCAGCUGCUGGAGUGUGAGGAGAGGUCCCAGUGGAUGGCCUCCCACGCCGAGGACGUCAAGAUGCAGCUCCGCCAAACACAGCUAGCCUUGGAGAAUGAGGUUCUCCGUAACCCCAAGCCAUCCCUGGUGGACCGUGCGGUGCUGGAGCUGAGCAGUGACCUGGUGGUCCCCCCUGACAUGUAUGUAGACAGGGAGGUGAUGAGGGCGCAGGCGUUUGAUGCAGGAGGGGGCUCAAGGGGGGGGCGGCAGCACCCCCAGAACCGCAGCCCCUCCCCGGACUCGGACCUGGAGCUGGUGGCCGGAGCCAAGGCCCGCAUCCGCGAGCUGGAGAAGGAGGCGGACACGCUGGAGGAGGCCUACCGGAGCUACCAGCAGAGGGCGCUGCACGCCGCCGUCUCCCACAUCCUGCCCCAGAGAGCCCCGUCCCCCACGCGGCUCAAGCCCACCGCCCUCCUCUUCCAACACCACGCCAAGGCCCUGCCCAUGGUGCACCAGCGGGUGACCUUCGCUCACGACCCGCAGGCCCCCAGAACUGACACGCACCCCCUGCUCAGAGAGUCGGACCUGCAGCCCGUUCGCUACGGACGAGCCCCGCCAGCGGGAGAGGUGACCCCGCCGCAGCGGAGCCUCUCGCCCGCACCUCGACGCCUGUCCUCCACACCCGUCUCCAUCGCUAAGACGCAGAGAAGGCGAGAGGUGCUAGAAGAGGCUUUGCCGGUGCCCUUAGCUGGCAGCACGUCCCCAGAGAGGCAGCUGUCCCCGAUCCCAGCGGCAGCCAGGCGGUCCGGAGAUUUCAGCCCAGUGCUCAGUGACCCAAACAGCCCCCAGCUGAAGAGCACCAGCCACCAGCACUCCAGUCCCCCAGAAGUUGCUCAAGAUGACCCAAGUUCAGAGUCGUCUACUCCACAACCUGAAAAAAUAGACAUUGAUGACCUGACUGAGCCCUCACCAGAGCCCAGUCACAUUCCAGAGCUUCUCCAAGAGGAGGGCAUCCGUGUCAGUGAGGAGGCCCCUGAGGGGCACACCGCUCCCCCUUUACCCAGCCAGCCUAGUGCACCUCAGGCGGAGGAGGAGGAGGAGGACGAGGAGGAGCUGCGCUGGGAGCUGGAGAGGAAGAGGCGAGAGGAGAAGAGGAAGAGGGAACAGCGGGAGGCCCAGGAGAGAGAGCUGCGAGAGCUGGAGAGACUGGAACAGGAGCGGCUCCUGCAGGAGGCACAAUAUGAGAGCCGAGAAGCGGAGGGGGAGCGGGGAGGCACCGAGGAGUGGAGCCGGGGGCAGGAGGGGGAGCGGGGAGGCACCGAGGAGUGGAGCCGGGGGCAGGAGGCGGAGGCGGAGGCGGAGGCGGAGGCGGAGGCGGAGGCGGAGGGCUUUUCCCAGGAAGAGCAGAGGGAGCAGGUGGAGGCCAGCAAACAGCUGGAGCCUGAGAGGGGCCCCGCCUCCGACACGGCCGACCCACUGCAGAGAUACAUGUCCAUGGUCAUGCAGGGGCCAGAGACUGAGCGCCAACAGAGCCCAAGGGGGGAGGAGGCCGAGCGGAGGAGCCUGGAGCUGGACAUUUCAUCUGAUAAAGACAACAGUGUUGCUGCUUUUUCACACGAAGAGGCUGAUGAAGACUUCUGGUGAAAUAGAACUAUUGUCCACAUGAUGCAGUUUACAAAUGAAUUUUUUUUUAAUAUAUUUUUUUUAUAUUUAUUUAUUUGUGUUCAGCUUUCAGAUUUUAUGUAGUGUGAAUUUGUUUCUGUUAAUACAAACUGAAUAAAAUCGAUAAAUGAAAACAUUC